CUGUCAUUGAUCUGAUCUGUAUUUGGCUAUUAUGGUUUUGAGGGGAAAGGAGGCUUCCACGUUGAUUCUGCUCCUUCUCUUCCCCUUCCGCAAAGGGACUACCAUGCGCUUCGCCUUCAAGACCAGGAGAUGGAACCACUUUCACUGACUACCUUCUCUUUCCAACCUCUCCUGGUCACACCCUUUUUACCCACUCUUGGAUUCCUCGCUCUCCUGUCACUUCCAUCAGGUGACUUGUUCUUCUUAUUCAUGGACUUAACGAGCACAGGUUCUUUCUAUUUCUCAUUCUCUUCCUUUUCUUCUUUUCUUCUCUUCUCUUCUCUUCUCUUCAAUAUAUUCUCCAACAGUGGCAGAUAUACUCAUUUUGCAAAUCACCUCAAUGCUAAUGGCUUCAGGGUUUACGGGAUGGAUUGGCUUGGCCACGGUGGAAGUGAUGGGUUACAUGGUUAUGUCCAUUCUCUUGAUGAUGCUGUUUCUGAUAUGAAAAUAUUUUUGGAGAAGGUUCUGAAUGAAAAUCCUGGGCUUCCAUGUUUCUGCUUUGGACACUCAACAGGAGCGGCCAUUACUCUUAAGGCUCUGCUUGACCCAAAGGUUGAAUCUCGCAUAGCUGGUGCUGUAUUGACAUCACCAGCAGUUGGUGUUUCCCCUUCUCAUCCAAUUUUGCUGGUACUUGCUCCUAUAGCUUCAUUUUUGCUGCCAACGUAUCAAUGUAGUUCUGCAUAUAAGAAGGGAUCGCCAGUGUCUAGAGACCCAGAGGCGCUAAUUGCUAAAUAUUCUGAUCCAUUAGUAUAUACUGGACCUCUUAGAGUACGUACUGGUUAUGAGAUUCUCAAAAUUACAAGCUACUUGCAGCAAAAUCUGAGAAAAUUGAGAGUUCCAUUUUUUGUUCUCCAUGGCACUGCUGAUUCCGUAACUGAUCCCGUUGCUUCUCAAAAAUUAUAUGUAGAAGCCUCCUCAACUGAUAAAACUAUGAAACUAUACGAUGGGUUCUUACAUGACCUGCUCUUUGAACCCGAACGAGAUGCUAUCACACAGGAUAUAAUUCAAUGGCUGAACAGUAGAGUAUGAAUAUAAGUCGUGGCGUCAGUGAAAAUAUCAUGAAAUUUUUCAACCAUUUGAAAAUUGAAGAAGCACCUUGUCUGGGUGGAUAAUAUCUGCCUCUUUGUAGAGGAAAGAAAUUUCAAGCUGAAGCUACAUAAAUCGAGGCAUUCUUUUAUCUUCAAAUUCUAAGACCAUAUAUCAGCUUCUUUUAUAGUUAGGAUCAGAUUUAUUACUCUUUUCUCCGAUCCAGUAGUUAUCCAAGGAGCGCAGUAAGUAUUUACCUUCAAUUAGGUUUUUUUUCCUUUGUCAACUUUGUCCAUAGAAAGUAUGUACCAUUUUCUUUGUGAUGAUUACUAAGCCAUCACUUAUUUUAAGUUUAGCAUUUGUGCCAACCAACAAGUGGGCCAGUGCUUGCUCUGUUUAAAUUAUAACAACAAAGUUUUAUAUCAUUUGGCUCGGUUACAUAUCGAA